UUGAAAAUGUUGGAAACAGACAUUCCCUCACAGUAAAUGACGGGGGCAUAACGAUCCUUUAGCUGUUUUGAUGCUAAAAGUAACUAUUUAGAGAGAAUUAAAUUGAAAAGAAGGAGAUGAGCUCUGCCAUUUAAAGGAAAACCGCCGUAUAAUAGUGAGGAUGUUCCCAUUUGCCUAUGAAACAUCUGUUUUUCAGGAAAAUAAUGGAUACUUUUUCUGAAACUUUUGGGAUACUGUGGAUGAAAUUGCGACUGAUCUUCUCUGAAAAAGUGGGAGAAAAAUAGGGUGGAUCGAGGUUAAGGGACGCACAUUUCGUGGAAAGCCAUUUUUUCUUGGACUGAGUCACUUUUCUUUUCGACGAAAAAGUAGUGACACAGCUACUUCAAAACCCUUAGGCAUAAUUUGUGAUGGUUAUCUGACUUUAAAAAUGUCACCGGCGAUCGUAUGGAUACUUUUCAAUGAAACUUAAUUUUUGCAGUCGUUUCUAAAAAUAUUUUUAUAUUCAAUAUUCAAGAAAUGCGUAUUUCUUCAUGAAAAUUUAGACAGUAGACGAUGUAGUUCUACACACACGAGUGGCAUUGUAUUACACAUCUUAGGGGAAAAGGUCAUUUGAAGAUUAAACAGUUUCGAAUGAGAAUCUGCUUGUUACCACGAUAGUUUAUAGGAAUUAAGCAUGUCGCGGCGGCAAAUUAAAACGCCUUCAAUAAAUUGAAUAGGCACACCGACCUUUUAAGAGGUCGAUCACGCCCAACAGCACAUAUAAGUUUUGUGAAGUAAACCAUUUAGUUUUUUGGGUAGAUUUUUUGCGAUUAAAAAAUUAUUUAACUUUGAUUAAUUAAUUUGAACAAUUGUCCGGUUAUUCAGAUCAUAUUUUGCGUAAAAUUUUCCGUAAAGCAUGAAAAAAGAAUAGUUUUCAAAGAAAUGCGUAAUUUCUUCCAGAAACUUUGGCAACAUGUAGAUGUUGUUCUACGCACAAAGAGUGGCAUCGCAUAAGACAUCUUAUGCGAAUAAAGGUCAUCGAAGAAGAAACAGUCUCUAAUGAGAUUCUGCUUGUUACCACGAUAAGUCAUAGAAAAGCAUGCCACGAUGGCAAACUAAAACGCCUUCAAUGAAUUGAAUAGGCACACCGAGCUUGUAGGAGAUCGAGUGGUAUCACACCUAUCAGCACAGAUAAGAUUUUGUAUUGUGAAACCAUGUCAUUUAUUGGGUGACUUUUAAGGCAGUUGACAAAUUAUUCAGCUUUGAUUAAUUACUUUGAAUAUUUUUCUUUAACGCUCGAGUCAAAAACCGUAGGGUGAGGAUUUUCGGGCACCUCAAGCGGUAAAAACCUCAAAAUUCUUAAAAAAAACGAGUAUUUUAUCAUUUUUUGUUGAAAAGUUACAUAGAUAUCGACCUAAGCAAGCCAAAGGUUGUCUUUUUUCAUUAUCUAUCCAACAGUGAGUCAACUAGUAGGGGUUACCAUUUAAAAAAAUAGGGCUCCGUGGCCCCCCUGUAGAAGGCCCCCAAAAUAGGAAGGGAGAGGUUCAUAAAGCAGUUUAUUUUGACACAGGAACCCUGCCAAAAGUUCAAGUUUCUAUCUCAAUUCGUGCAAAAAAUUUACAGGGGUGUCCUACAACUUUUGGGUCACCCUAUACACACAUACUGAAAAUGAUACUUUCCAAAAAUGCUGGUUAUUUUUUUCAGCUUUUUAAGUACAUGUUCAUGCUAGCAAAUGAAUGAAAACACUUUAAAAAAAUGGCUUAAUUUAGGCUGCAAGUAUUAUUGAUAACAGGGUUAAUUUCGAGCACAAUCAAUAUCACUUAAGAUAAGAGAGUAGUACUUAGGGGAAAUACAUACAAUUUCUGCUACAGAUAGUGAAUAAAGACUACCUACCAACAGAUAUGGGCAAAUAACUUAUACAGACUCUAGUCUAGUCUAUACUGACUCAGUUAACACUGAUUAAAAAUUUAGUUAAAUAUCAUCCUGAAAGCCUGUAUAUACUUUUUUGUUCUUAAACCUUCUUUUUUUGAACCACUUAGAAUUUUCUUGAGCUUAAUUUCAGGUGGUUGAUGUGCAAGGACGAUCUUACAGUAUAUUUAAAUUAGAAAGAACUACAGCUAGCGGACAACAGUUAUGGAUUGGUUGAAUAAAAAUAAAUUGAGGAGAGUACUGCAAAAACAAAUACCUCACUUGUCAGAUGAUGAUAUUCUCUCUUACAAGGUGGAGGAAGAAUCAUCGAAAGGAAAUAAUUACAGCAGCAGAAUUUUCAGAAUUGUGGUGCAUAUGAAAGAGGAGGGGACAAGUCAACCAAAAUACCUAGCAUUGUUUUCAAAGGCUGUAAUUAACAACGCUUUUGGGAGAACACUGAAAGAGACAGGAAUUUUGGCAAAAGAACAUCUAAUCUAUGACUCUAUUAUUCCGAAAAUAAAUGCAUUUUUGGACAAUGAUUUUGUCUCGCCAAUUCCCUACCACUCGCCACAGCUAGGCACAAUAAUCCUAGAAGACCUUUGUGAUAAAGGGUACAAAUUAAUUAACCGAAUCGAGCGGCUAGACUACCCAAAGGCUGUUUUGGUGUUAAGAAAAUUAGCUAAACUUCAUGCUGCUUCAGUGGCCUUGCACAAAGUGGAGCCAGAAUUGGUUGAAGAGGCUGGAAAAGAAAUUGGGCUAGAUGAGACGUUCAAAGAGCAGUUUGUUACAUUUUUGGAUAAUGCAUUAGCAUUAGUUGCUGAUCGCCUCGUUAGGUGGAGUGAGAUUGAAGACCAUCAAAAGUAUGCUCAGGGUAUUAGAAACGUACAAAAAACUUUCUACACUAAAAUGUUAAGAGCCAGAGAGAUACCUUCGAAGAUGUUACAUGUUUUAAACCAUGGUGAUUUAUGGCUCACCAAUAUCUUGUUCAAAUUUGAUGAGAAAAAUAAUUCUGUCAAAGAUUGUAAGUUUGUUGACUUUCAAUUAAGUUUUUAUGCUUCCCCUGUGAUUGACCUGCACUAUCUACUUGCAGCAAAUGUGCAGUUUCAUGUGUUUGAAAAUUCUCAAGAGGCUUUGUUACAAGAGUAUUUGCAGGCUUUAAACACAUUUUUAAUCGAAUUCAAUACAAAUGUAACUCUAUCUUAUGAGGAUCUGAAAGCUGAGUAUGACAGAACGCAAAUUGUCAGCUUCUACGCAGGCAUUGUGAUACUCAUUCCAGUAUUAGCAGAUCCUGAACAAGCAACAGAUUUUUCAAAUUAUUCCGAUGCAGAAAUGGAAGAGACAUCUGUAUUUGAUGGUAUUGUCGACAGUAAAUAUUACAGAAAGGAACUUCCAAAAUAUUUGAAAUAUUAUAAAGAUAAAGGAAUUUUGAAUUAAUUUCAAGAAAUUAAAUGAAGUAUUUUUGUUUUACUUUUACUGAUCAAUGAAAAAACUGAAAGUAGCUGGUGAUUUGAGGUGGAGUUACAAAAUAAAAAAUACCUGAAAUAGGAAUUUUCAUAAAAGUUCAGAGAAUUUCUCCGUUGUUUGUGCAGUCAUAAGAAUAAAAAUCAAGCACUUUUUGAAGAACUUUAAAGCAUAAUUCGAAACCAUUUUCAUAAUUUUUCCUUGGAUGCACCGUUAUCUCCCUAAAGCUUUGAAUGGUUGCGCAGUGGGGAAAUGAAGCACUGCUGCGUAUAUCAUUGGGAACGCUAGGAGUCUGAGAUUUUUGGCCCCCUUUGCAGAAAAUUCAUUCAUAAUCGCGAUCUUUCCAAAACGUCUAAUUGAUGUCAGAUACUUUAUUGUUUUUCAACAAUAAGCAUUUAUCAAAGCCAGCAGGUAAAGGGUAAAAUUCAAAAACUUCUCAAGCCCCUUCCCAAACGUUGAGCACUAUUAAGGCCUUAAAAUUUUUUUUUAAAAAAGAAGAACAAUCACUUUUUAACCGCACUGACUAUGUCUUAUUUUGAAAGGCAAUUGACCAAAU